AUAUUCCCUACUUGCUUUGCUUCUUUCCAUGUCAAUCCAUGUCAUACAAGACUUCUUGAGCGAGUGUCCUCUUACCAUUUGUGUUCUCCUUUUAAAUGUUACCAUAAAACCUCGCAGGCAGAUGGUUACCAAAAGACCGGCUGCUUCAAUGUUCUUUGCCCCGGAUUUGUACAAGUUAGCUCCGAAAUAACCCUUGGCCUCCCACUUAUACCAAUUUCUACUUACGAGGGUCCUCAAUAUGACAUGUUAAUCAGUUUAUACCAGGAUCAAACUACAGGGAAUUGGUGGUUCAUGUUCCAAGACAAGUAUGUAGGUUAUUGGCCAAAGGCGAUUUUCACAAGUUUGGCUGAGGGUGGCGAUUUCAUUUCAUGGGGAGGUCAGGUUUACAGCCCCAUGAAAGAAGGCAGCCCGGAAAUGGGGAGCGGCCAUUUCCCAGAAGAAGGUUAUGGGAAGUCUGCAUAUAUCAAUCAGAUCAAAGUUGUCGAUAGAGAGAUAAAUGGGUUCGUGGAUCCAUCUGAGAGUGCUACUAAAAUUUAUGCAGACAAACCAUAUUGUUACAAUGCCAUCCAUAAUGUGCUUAAGGAUAAUGAGUGGGGACAUCAUGUUUAUUUUGGGGGCCAUGGGAAUUGCACAUUUUAGGUGAAGGCCAGCAGGUUUCUUCCUUCCUGCUUGCCAAUGACAAUGUACUGAAUGAAUCUGGCUAAUAAAAUAUGAGGACAUGUCAU